AGAUGGAGCAGAAAUGCGCCCCACGGCGCUCUCUCCGGCUGUUGGCCAUUGCGUCGGCAACAUUAGCCAUUGUAUCCAUGUUGGCAACUGUCAUCAUUGUUCCACUUGUCUACAAUCACGUACAGCAUCUUCAAUCUGUUAUGAACAGUGAAGUAGACUUCUGCAAGACUCGAUCCCGCGAUUUGUGGCGUGAGAUGGUCACCGUCCAGUCUGCUACCGGCGGUAUCCCAGCGCGUACUGCUCGUCGCACACGUCGUGAUAACUAUGGAGCACAACCAAUUGCCGCCAAUCCACCAUCUUCCGCUGCUGGAUCUUGCUGUACUUGUCAAGUUGGACCACCAGGACCACCAGGACCACCUGGAAGAGACGGACGUCCGGGAGCACCAGGAAGACCAGGAAACCCAGGACCACCAGGAAGAGACGGAGCACUUCUUCCGGGACCCCCACCGAAGCCACCAUGCCAGAAGUGUCCACCAGGACCACCAGGACCAGCCGGGCCACCAGGACCAAAAGGCCUUCCAGGACCACAAGGAGAUGCCGGUACAUCAGGACAAGAUGGCGUUCCAGGACUUCCAGGACCACCAGGACCAUCAGGACCACAAGGAGCACCGGGAGUUCCAGGAGAAAAAGGACCAACUGGAGAGCCAGGAAAGGUUAUCAAUGGAGCUCCACCAGGACCUCCAGGACCACCAGGACCACCGGGACCACAAGGACCACCAGGACCACCAGGAAAGGAUGGACAACCUGGAAAGGCCGGACCACCAGGAUUGCCAGGAGAUCCUGGAGAGAAGGGAUCUGACGGACUUCCAGGACCACACGGAGGAACUGGACCACGUGGACCACCAGGACAACCUGGAUCCUGUGAUCAUUGUCCACCACCGAGAACUGGACCAGGAUACGCUAGACGUUAAAUUGUCGAUUUUUAUUUUGGUUUUAAAUAUUGCUAAUAAAAACCUUUUUG